CAAACUGGUAUUACAACAGCUAAAGAAUAAUUUAUCACGAAUUUGAAUGAUUUCUGUAUGUACAAAGUAACUCGAUAGAUAGCAGUUAUUGGUCGGAAAGGGAGAUGAAUUUCAGUAUAUGCCAAUGGAUGAUCCUGCCAUUUCUCAUUCACCAGGGAGCCAGUUGGGUUUGGAAAUGCCAGUCCGAAACGAGAACGUGCAAAAGACAACUCCAAGAAGAUAGCGAAGAGAUAGAUUCGUAUGCGUCUAUCGAAUUGUGCCGUUUAGUUUGCGGAAGUGACGGAAUUGUAUGGCCUAAACCUAAAGUCUAUGAGCCAUACUCUAAAAAAUUAAUCAACAUAGAUGUCGCGAAUGCCGACUUUUUCAUAACGAAUAACGACGCCUCGGUCCAAGAUUAUCUUACUCACGCCAUAUACUACUUCAAGAAUCACUAUGACAGCGGAACAAGUUGCCGAAACGCAUCAAGUUUCAGUGUGAUUCUAAAAUCGGAAAAUAACUCCUUAAACAUGGGAUGGGAUACGUCAGAAGAAUAUAGUCUUCUGAUCACUACAACUAGCGAAUUGAAGGUAAUAGUGAGUAUAGUCGGAGACACCGUUUAUGGGGUGAGGCAUGCUCUAGAGUCGCUGCUUCAAAUGAUAGCCACCUAUCAACGAGACACGGACAUUUGCCACGCAACCAUACAGAAUUGCUCAAUCGUGGAUGGCCCGGUAUAUUCGCAUCGCGGGCUGCUCAUCGAUACUGCGAGGAACUUCCUAUCGAUCGACACCAUUAAAAGGAACAUCAGAGGAAUGGCGAUGUCAAAAAUGAACGUGCUUCAUUGGCACAUGACGGAUUCCCAAAGCUUUCCAUUUGAGUCCUCCAGGUUACCCAACAUGACCAGAUAUGGAGCCUACAGUAGCUCCCAAGUUUACAAGCCCGCCGACUUGGCUAGUCUCAUAGAAUUUGCCAAAAAUCACGGGGUAAAAAUCAUACCCGAAAUUGACGGUCCGUCUCAUGCCGGAAGCGGAUGGCAAUGGGGACCAGAUGCUGGAUUCGGCAAUCUGGUGGUUUGCUACCAGCAGCAACCGUGGCGAUCGUAUUGCGUCCAACCGCCGUGUGGUCAAAUGAAUCCAGCCAAUCCCAAAUUAUAUGACGUGCUCGGUUUACUCUACAACGACAUUGUGGAUUUGUGGCCCGAAAGCGACGUGUUCCACAUGGGCGGAGACGAAGUGUUUAUCCCUUGCUGGAAUUCAACUGAGGAGAUCCUAAAGUACAUCGAGCCCAAAAGUAGGUCGAACGAAACAUUCUUAGACCUAUGGGCGGAAUUUCAGUCGAAAUCUCUGAGUGUAUACGACGCCAAAGUGGGAAACGAAGAGACUUCGAUUGUGGUUUGGACCAGUCACCUCACGGAUCCCGCAGUUAUCGAAAAGUAUCUUUCCAAAGACAGGUAUGUAAUCCAAGCGUGGGUACCAGCCGAUGACCCAUUGCCAACGCAGCUACUAAAGUUGGGCUACAAACUCAUUAUUUCGACGAAGGACAAGUGGUAUUUAGACCACGGGUCCUGGGGCACCACGAAGUUUUCCACGUGGAAAGAUGUUUACGAUAAUAAAAUUCCAUUAAGUGUCAAUGUGUUUGGCGGAGAGGUUUGCAUGUGGGGCGAGUACGUGGAUGACGACAACAUGGAGGGCAGGGUGUGGCCGAAAGCUGCAGCGGCAGCCGAAAGGCUGUGGUCCAACCCGGCCACCGCAGCCACAGCCGCAGCGAACAGGUUUUACAUACAAAGAAAAAGGCUGGUCGACGGCGGCAUAAAAGCCGCCGCCGUGAUUCCUAAAUUUUGCGAACAAAAUGAAGCGGAAUGUGAUUGAAAUUCUUUUAAUACAAAGUGAAAAUAAU